AUGGCGGCCCAUCUACUUCCGGAGCAUUUUAGCUAUACUUCGGAAUCAUCUAGUCUAACCAUAUACUUCACUCUGAGCGAUAAAACACCGGAAUUUCUAUUAAAAUAUGAAGCAGGAAUCGGAUGUCCUUCGCUUCCUGCUACCCCGAAAGAUGGUUGGAUCCGAGAAGACCACAACAAACCGGAUAGAGUUCUCAUUGGCUGCCACGGAUCGGCAGAAGUGUGGCACGUGACUUGUGACGUCAACGAAUCUUGGACUGGCGAUUGGCCCAAUUGCACAGCUGUUUUGCUGCUAAAAAAGCAACGGCAGCAACAAAAUUUACCAGAAGAUGAUGAUGGCGAUGAUGACGAGAGGAUGAUGAUGAUGACGGAUGAUGGUAAUGAUGAAGAUCACAUAUCAUCGAACGCUGUGCCGAGCGCUCAAACUGUGGAUUCAUUUCCAUUAAAAGGAAGAGGGGACACAAAUAAUAAUAAUAAUAAUAAUAAGAAGAAGAAGAAGAAGAAGAAGAAGAAAAAGAAGAAGAAGAAGAGAAGAAGAAGUAAGAAGAAGAAGAAGAAGAGGAAGAAGAGAAGGAGGAAGAAGAGGAAGAGGAAGAAAAAGAGUGUUUUAAUAAUUGUGUCGUUGGGUGUGGCGAUGGGUGUGUUCUUUGGCGGCGUCCUCUUGGCCGUUGUGGUCGUAGCUGUCAGAAAGAAGGAGAGAAGAAAUAAAAACAACCGCAAAUCCUUCAGCAACGUUUACAACAACAUCAAUAACAAUAACAACAUCAACAACAACAAUAAUAACGGCAAUAAUAACAGUAAUAAUAAUAAUAAUAAAAAUCAUAAUAAUCAUAAUUACUUUCAAAGACGACUGCCACUCGCCAGCUCGCUUAUACAUCACGUGACGGACGGAGAUCGUGACGUCACGCCGUUUAGCCGCACCGGAAUCGGAAGUAACAACUUCUUUACUACUUCCGGUUUCUCUAAUAAAACAUCUCCUGUAGCAGCCGAUGGUUUAUUGACGGCUUAUGACUGCCGUUGUAGCUGCUGCCGAUGCGACGAGUUUGAAAAAAAAAUUAAAAAAAAAGAUGAACUAAUCUCAAGAGAUUUUUUGGCGGUGGGCGCUUAUGCUGAUGAUGCUGAUGAUGGUUACAAGAUCGGCAACAUCAACAACAACAUCCACACCAGCAACAACAGCAUCAUCAACAACAAGAACAGCAUCAACAACAACAUCAGCGACAGCAUCAGCAACAACAACAUCAAAAACAACAUUCGUUUCUAUAUUGUUCGACGUGUUUGGAAAAUUGCAACCCUUUAA